AUGUCGUACUACGGAAACGGAGGAUAUUCUCCUUAUGGUCAACCUGGUUACGGAGCACCACCACCAGUUUCUGGAGCACCUGGAUACAUUCCACCAACUGUUCACGGUCAAACUGAUGGAUAUCAUCAUGAUCAUCAUCACCACCAUGGAUUUUUACAUGAGAUGGGCCAUGCUCUGACUGGACACCAUCAUUAUCAUCAUCACGGACAUCAUUUCGAACACCAUCAUCAUCACCAUGGACACCACUGA